AUGGUCCAGGUGCUGUGUAACAACUGGCUGGGCAAGAAAGUCUAUGUGAAGUGCAACACUGACAAUUUAAUGAGAGACCUGAAGAAACUGAGUGUGUCUCAGACAGGCACCUGUUGGAACAAAAUUAUUCUGAAAAAAUGCUACACAAUAUUCAAGGACCACAUGAUCCUGUGGGACUAUGAGAUCCAUGAUGGAAUGAACCUGGAGCUUUAUUACCAAAAGGGGCAGAAUAGCAAGGCAGUUUUCCCAGGCAACUUCUUGAAGGAUGAUGUCUAG